AUGUUUUCAAAGAGGAAAAGAAAAACACUGUGGCUUGCUUUGAUAGCAUCAGUUUGUGUGCUAGUUUUCAAAUGGCAAACUGGAAAAACAGCAACUGAGAAGGAUGAUGAAAGAAAACAUCCUCCUUCCGUCUCUCAAGUAAGCAAAAAUGUAAUUGGAGCAACUCAGUGUUUACCAGAUAGAGGAUACAUGAGCCAGUCUUCAAAUCUACCCAAGAUGUACCAGAAAUUUUUGGCAUAUAAACACUGCAGGACUUUCAAAGCUUUGCUGAAACCAAAGGAAUGCACUGAAGAAUUGUUUUUAUUAUUAGCUAUCAAGUCUAUAGCUCCCAACAUAGACAGACGAGUCACAAUUCGAAGCACGUGGGGGAAAGAAGGAGCUGUUGAUGGAGUUGAAGUCAAACUAGUGUUUCUCUUGGGAAUUACAGAGAAGUUCCAAGGUCAGCCCCUGCAUCAGUCAUUGGCAGCUGAAUACAGACUGUAUGGUGACAUCCUUCAAUGGGACUUCCAGGAUAGUUUUUUCAAUUUGACGUUGAAAGAGAUUAACUUCCUCAGAUGGUUUGCUACAGAUUGUUACUCAGCAAAAUUUGUUUUAAAGGGAGAUGAUGAUGUGUUUGUGAACAUAUUUAAUGUGAUUGAAUAUCUCAAAGAUUUUCACCCAGAUGAUAACCUCUUUACUGGGCAUAUCAUUUACAAUGCUAGUCCAAAAAGGAAUAAGAAAAUUAAGUACUUUAUCCCUAACAUCAUGUAUGAAAAUAAACCAUAUCCUCCAUAUGCUGGAGGUGGUGGUUAUGUAAUGUCCAGGAGAACUGUAUUGCUGCUGCAUCAGACUGCAGCAGAUGUGGACCUCUUCCCAAUAGAUGACGUGUUUGUUGGGUUGUGCCUGUUACGACUGGAGAUAACUCCAAUUUCACACAAUGGCUUCAGGACACUUGGUGUACCUGAUGCAUUCAAGUUUGAUCCAUGCUUAUAUAAAGAUCUCAUAGUGGUGCACAAACUGAACCCAGUGCAGAUGUGGAUUAUGUGGAGCCUUGUGAACGACACAAAUUUCAGGUGUGCUAAGAAAGGAUGAGAAG